UGCAGGAUGAGGUUUGAAGAUGUCCUCUCAGAAGUUGGUGUUUUUGGAAAGUUCCAGAUAAAGUCUCUCCUGAUCCUCUGCCUCCCCCGGGUCAUCCUUCCACUCCAUUUCUUAUUACAUAUCUUCAUCUCAGCUGUGCCACCCCACCACUGUCACAUCUCCAGCCAGAGGAACCCUGGGAACCUGAGCCAAGAGGCCCUGCUCUUCACCAACAUCCCCCAAGCACAAGAUGGGACCUUCAGCUCCUGUAAGAUGUAUUCCCAGCCACAGCCUCACCUGAUCCUCAACAGAUCCCAGGAGACCAUCAAUGGAUCUGGUGUGCAGAGCUGUGACCAGGGCUGGGAGUAUGACUUGUCUACUUUCUCCUCCACCACCGUCACUGAGUGGGAUUUGGUGUGUGACAGCAAAUGGUUAAAUCAAGCAGCCGCCACCUUCUUCUUCAUUGGCCUGACCAUUGGAUCCCUCCUCUGUGGAUUCCUCUCUGACAGGUUUGGGCGUAAGAACAUUUUGCUGGUGUCAUUCCUGGUGAGCACCGUAUUUGGGGCCAUGUCGGCAUUCUCUGUGUCCUACAUCAUGUUCUCGGUAUGCAGACUGCUGAGCGGAGUCGGGCUGAUGGGAAUGACUCUCAUCUCUAUAACUCUAGUGCUGGAAUGGACGGACGUGGCUCAUCGCACAUUCUGUGGCACGAUCAGUAGUCUGUCCUGGACGGUCGGUUACAUGCUCCUGGCGUUGCUGGCCUAUCUGAUAAGAGACUGGCGAUGGCUGUUAUUGGCCACCACAGCCCCCUGCCUGAUUUGUAUCGCCACCUGGUGGUGGGUCCCAGAAUCUGCACGUUGGCUCCUCACCAGGCAAGAUGCAAUCGAAGCUCACAGAUAUCUGUCCCAAUGUGCAAAGAUGAAUGGAAGGCCGAACUUCAGGAAAAACAUCUCUCCAGAGGUCCUGCAGAAGACGGUGGCGGUGGAGAGUCGGAAAUACACUUUCUGGGAUCUGGUGAGGACGCAGCAGCUGAGGAAGAACACGUUGUGUCUGGGGAUCAUGUGGUUCGGUGUGGCGUUCAGCUAUUACGGGAUCAGUUUCCAUGUCACAGGAUUCAGCCUGAGCCCGUUCCUCACACACUUCAUAUUUGGGCUCAUUGAGCUCCCGGCCAAAAUUGGGGUUUAUCUUCUGCUGGAUCGGAUUGGCCGUAAAAUGUGCCAAGGAGGGUCGCUGAUUGUCACCGCCGUGUGUAUCGCCCUCACCUGCCUGAUCCCCACAGGUGACUGGCGCUCCCUGGUGGCCAUUCUGGGGAAAGGCUUCUCGGAAGCUUCAUUUACCACCGCAUUCCUCUUCACCGCUGAGCUGUACCCCACCGUCAUCAGGCAGACCGGCCUCGGCUUCUGCUCCUUCAUGACCCGCCUGGGCAGUUCGUUGGCCCCUCUGGUCAUCCUCCUAGAAGAUGUCUGGCCCUUCCUGCCCCCCGUGGUGUUCAGCAGUAUGUCUCUGGUGUCUGGCGUGGCGGCUUUCCUCCUAACAGAGACCUGUCACCUCCAGUUACCGGAGACCAUCCAGGACGUGGAGCUGGACAGAUUCGGGAAUCCCACCAUCCAUGUCAAUGGCCUGCAGCCGCACAGGACCGUGGUAUUGGAGAACAUGGAAGGUGUCCAUGCCGGGGGUCCACCUAUAACAGACAAUGAGGACCUGUCACCUCUCUCCAGCUCUGAGUCCACUGAACACCUUUCAUCUGACACAGCUGUUCAGGGUGAGGAGUCGGCACUGCGGACAUGA